GCCUCCGGUCCUCGGAGCAGCGUCUCUGUUGCAGUCCCAGCCCCGGAGAGGGACUGGCUCGGCUCGGCCCGGACCGGGGUGAUGCAACAGCGCAGGCAGGCUCUGGACUUUGCGCUAGGCGGCGCGGCGGCAGCCGGGGCUUGUGUGCUGACCAACCCCCUGGAGGUGGUGAAGACUCGGAUGCAGCUGCAGGGCGAGCUCCGUGCCCGUGGCUCCUACCCCCGGCUCUACCGCAACGCCUUCCACGCCCUGGUGCUCAUCGGCCGGGAGGACGGGCUGCUCGGGCUGCAGAAGGGGCUGGGGGCCGCCAUCCUCUACCAGGCGCUGAUGAAUGGGGUCCGGCUCGGUGCCUACUCCCAGCUGGAGGCGCUGGGCUUUACCCGGGAGCAGGGCGGCAGAGUGAGCGCCAGCUGCAGUAUCGCGGCGGGGGCAGCUGCCGGAGCUAUGGGCGCUGUGGUAGGCAGCCCUGCCUAUCUGGUAAAGACUCACCUUCAGGCCCAGUCAGCAGCUGUCAUUGCCGUGGGACACCAGCAUAACCAUCAGGGAGUCACGACUGCCUUUUUGACAAUUUACAGACAACAAGGAAUUAUGGGCCUGUGGCGAGGGGUCAGUGCUGCUGUGCCAAGGGUGAUGGUCGGAUCUGCAGCACAGCUUGCCACAUUUGACUCUGCUAAGCAAUUAGUCAAGGAUCAGCAGUGGUUUAGCAAUGAUAGCUGGAUGGUCGGUUUGGCAGGAGGAAUGAUGAGCAGCAUUGCCGUGGUGAUCACUAUGACUCCCUUUGACGUCAUCAGUACGAGACUCUACAACCAACCAGUCAAUGAGGUUGGCAAGGGUAGGCUCUACAGAGGAUUCUGGGAUUGCUUGCUGAAGGUCUCAUGUAAAGAGGGAGUCCUGGGCCUAUACAAGGGAAUUGGACCUGCCUACUUUCGCUUGGGCCCACACACGGUUUUCAGUCUGCUGUUCUGGGACGAGCUCAAGAAACUAGCCUAUCCAGACUACCAUGAGAAAAUCUGAGGCAACCGCUACAGAUACUAAGUGUCUAUGUCAUGGGGCGAAGCCUCCAGUAGAAACAAGAGGAGUGAAUGGUCUCCAUCAACGUUGAGCCAGAGGAUAUGGCAAAACUGUCUGUUGAGUUUCCAGGGGUGACCAAGGAGAGAGUGUUUCCAUCCACAGGUCAGGGAAAAAAUCCAUUUUUCCUCCAACUACACUGGAAUCAUCUGAGUAAAAUUCCUCUCCUUCCUACUGAUACUUUUCUCACUUCAUCUGCUUCAGCAACAAUUUGAUGGAAUGAGUGAUUGCAACAGAACUCAGACAGGGGCCCAAGCCUGGCCACUGUUCUCAUCCAGUGGUAAUGAGGAAGCAAAGCCAACGCAAUGGUGGGCCAUAUGGAAGAAUAUUAUCAUGUGGAUAGACUGGUCCAUAUACUGAUCUUGGAGCAACAUCAGAAACAAAACAGGGACUAAAUUAUAAACCAUCACCUUGCAUUUAUCUGUUGAUCAGUCCCAGCACAUUCAGGUCCAUUUUGAAGCCUUGCUCUAGCCACUUAAUUCCCUCACCCUCGCUGCUUGGUCCAGAUUCCUAUUUCUCCCACUGUGCACCCUCACCUUACUAAUUUUAUAAUUCCAAUGUAAAAUAAACACAAGAAUUGUA